AUGACUGCCGCGGGAGUGUCGCCGUCAAGCUCCCCACGCCUCCCAAGUCCUCCCCCGUUCACGGAGGUCCAGAUCGGACCGCAAUCGCCUUCUGUGGGUGAGACUUUCGGCAAGGAUGCAGAGCUUCUGGGUUCCGCUGGGGACGACGAUGCUUCGACGCGCAGGAUUCGGCCUGGGACUCGGGCUGCAGACAUGGCUUCCGGACCUCCGUUAAUUCCCUUGUCGCAGCUUGAUUCUCCCUUCCAGCUGCAGGAACAUCUCAAGUCCUUAUAUCAUCACUUCACGAAACCCGAGGGAUCGGACACUGUGGUCCCUAUUAACCGCCAGGGCGUUGACCGGUCGCUCUGGCUUUACGAGUUAUGCCGAUUUCUUACGAUGAAAGUUAACAACCUGAUUAUCGCCUUCUUUGCCGAAACCCCUCCAUGCUCUGCCCAGACCUGCCCUGAGAUGCGCGCCUCCGAAUGGCAGUAUCUUUGCGCCGUGCACGAUCCACCCAAGUCAUGCUGCGCCAUUGAUUAUUGCUGCCACACCCUCGACUGGGCUACCAACACCCUCACCUCCCCAAAUACUUCCCCAGCCGAUUGA